AUGAACGGCGACCGAUCCACGUCUGCUGGCGUGAGCAGGCAAGGGUCCAUCAACAAUAGCCUUGCAGAGGCCGAGGCGAAGAAGAGGAAAAUACAGCGAGCUUGCGAUGUAUGCAGACGCAAAAAGAUCAAGUGCGAAGGUCCUAUGCAGAGCGGGUCCUCUGAAAAAUGUGCACAUUGCGAAGAGUUCAGCCUUGCAUGCACCUACAACGAACAGGCCAAGCGUAGGGGUCCACCGAAAGGGCAAGCGAAGAAAUGCGAUGCUUGUGCAUGCAGGCAAGUCGUGCUGCGUGCCCUUCGUCCUGCUGUUGAUUUCAACGAGUAUGUGGGACCGGUACCAGAUCGCGACGACUUUGAUAUCGUCGCAUACCGCGAAACGCUCCGUCAACAGAAUAUUCCACCAUAUCCCUCUCUAAAACCCCUCCAGUUCGAACAUCGGAAAGAAUCCAAUGGGUCUGCGUCUACGUCAAACACCCACUCGGCGUCACCAGCUGCUGGAGCUGCUUCGCCAUCGAACCAGGUCCUCGGGCACUCGCCAUGGAAAUUGUAUGAAAGAAACCCGAGUCGGCCACCAGACGACGACUCGGACGUCGAAGAGGAGGCUGCUGCGCAGCUCUCUAUCGCAAACUCUAUGAACCAGCUCGAAGUGCGUGAUGCUCACUGGAGAUACCACGGAAAGGCUUCUGGCGCCCAUCUCAUGCGCCAGUUCCAAGAUCUCAAAGGCCAGAUGGGCGACGAUUCCAACCUCAUCGACGAGAUCAAUCAGAUCAAACGUCUCCAGUUCUGGCAAGUGCCCGAAUGGGAGCUCGUCAUCGCCAACGAAGGUCUACAUCCUCUCGACUAUUCUACAUGGCCAGAAAAGGGCUUAGACCAAGACCUCAUUGAUGCUUAUUUCGAUCAUAUCAACCUCCAUUUGCCGCUUCUCAAUCGCCCCUUCUUUCAGCGGCAGUACGACUCGGGCAUGUGGCAAUCUAAUCAUGGGUUCUCGAGAGUGUGUCUAAUGGUAUUUGCCAACGGGUCGAGAUUUUUAGAUGGCGAGUUUUUCGUCUACAUACAUGAGAGCUCUACUGAUACUGGUAUAGACCCACGCGUAUACUGGCCGAAAGAAUGGUCGAUGACCGAGGAAGGCCAGAGUCGCCUCGCUCAAGACCUUGAUGGUACACUACGCUAUUCUGCCGGGUGGCGUUUCAUGCGCAGUCUUUUGCGGAUGGGCAGGAGUAUCAUGCAGGGCCCGAACCUGUUUGAGUUUCAGACGCAGGUGCUCAUUUGCAACUUUUUGCAAGGAAGUGCGGUGCCGCAUCUCAUGUGGAUCAUCUCGGGGUUCGGCCUUCGGUCUGCGCAAGAGCUCGGUAUCCAUGUACGGGCUACUCUGCUCCAUGCCGAUCCGAUAGAGAGGGCGCUGUAUAACCGGGCGUUCUGGUGUCUGUACCACAUCGACAGAUACAACUGCGCUGCCAUUGGACGUUCGGUCGCCAUACAGGACACCGACUUUGAUGCCGACUAUCCCCAAGAUGUCGACGACGAGUACUGGGACACGGGGGAUCCCGAAAAGGAUUUCAAGCAGCCCGAGGGCAAACCGUCCCGCAUAGCCGCAUUCAUCCAAUUACUGAAAUUGGAUCAUAUUGUCGGCGCCGUCCUCCAGACAGUCUACGCCAUCAACAAGCUCCCUGAACAAAAGGCUGAUAUCGCCGCUCAGCGAGCCCUUGUGGUGGAGUUGGAUUCAGCCCUCAACUCGUGGGCGGAUAAUGUCCCGCACGAGCUGAGAUGGGACCCUAGUCGACAGGACCCCACGCUCUUUCUCCAGUCUGCGGUGCUCUACGUGUAUCACUACUACUGUCAGAUAUUGAUCCAUCGGCCAUUCAUUCCCACCCCUCGAAACCACCGAACGUCCGAUCUUCCUUCCCUGGCCGUUUGCGUCAAUGCUGCUAGGUCAAUCUGUAACAUUACGGACGCUGCUCUCAGGCGCGGCCGACAAGAGGGUGCUCUUCCGGGGCGUGCUUUGAAUGUGUCAUUCAUGCUGCCAUCCUGGAUUUCCGCCAUCAUCCUUCUCAUCAAUAUUUACUCUGGCAAACAGACCACGUCAGAACGCGAAAGGGCCGUAUCGGAUAUCAAACGAUGCCUGGCGGCUAGCAGGGAAUUGGAGGUGAUUUGGAGGCAGAGUGGAAAGUAUACAGACUUUUUGACUCAGUUGGCGAAUGAGAGCGGAAUGCCGACGGCCGACAAGGUGAACGUCUCUGAGAAGAGGACGUACAGCCGCGGCGAGUCCGAGCCCACGCGAAAGGAGGGUACGGGCAAAGCAGGGUUCACUUCCCGGGAGUCUUUUGCGGGAGAUGUUGUUUCGCCCCAGGAAACGAUACGUUCGUAUGUGGACAAAUCCAUGCCUGCUCCCCCAACGCCCAGCUCGGAACCGAGUGAGAACCGAAACUAUGGCCUCUUUGAGAUGAGCGGCAUGCUGUCCAACCCACCAGCAUCCAACAUGCCUUUCCCAUCUGGCAGCCAGAACUUUACGGGUCACAUGUCAACGCCCGUGUCCAAUACUCCCGAUUUUGAUGCCAUUUUCCAGUCGCCUUCGGAAGCGUCUGUGUUCCCUAUGCCAUCGCAAACACACCCGCCUCCGCCCCCGGUGCACCAGUCACAGUCGCAAUCUGGCUUCAAAGCGCCUUUCCCGCCAUCUCAAUCCAACAUGCCAUCCUUCCCCAGCUUUCCGGCCCCCAGCGUACCACACUCGUAUCAACAAUCCUCGAUACCUCAGGGUCAGGGCACGCACCCGCUCCCAAACCUUGGCCAUAUGCCCAACCUCGGGGACGGACAAGGUGCUCAGAAUCAGUUCUACGGCUCGCUCAUGGGCAUGAACUCUUUCGAGUCGCAGUUGCUCGACAUGAGUACGACAGCGUUUGGAGGGCAGGAAAUGGGAGCGGGUGAUGGUGAUUGGUGGGCUCAGCUGUUUAGUGACUAUAUGGGUCCUCCUCCUGAUGCUCAGAACCAGAAUUUCCAGAACCAGAGUUUGAAUCAGAGCAGCCAUUGGAAUGCAGUUCAUCGCGGAGAUUAG